UAAAUCAUGAUUUAUCCAAAAUAAUAAUAAUCCCCUCUCUCUCUCUCUCUCCACGUUGGCUUUGGGAAUCGCAAAGGCAAAGCAGAAGGUGUCGUGUCGUCUGCCAUUCUCUGGCAACAAUUUAUCGCAGAAGCUUGUGUUAAAUUAAAUGGAAGAACUCAGAACCUAAAGCAUUUCUCCCGGACGCAAAAGCGCUUUUUUUUGCCCUUUCAUUGGAGAGUUUCGGAUCGUGUAACCGAGAGGUUGGGGGUGAUUUCUUAGUGCAUAUGGCUGAUUCAUCGAAGGAAGAGCUGUUGCAGCUGAUCAAGCGGUUCAGCGCUUACAUAACCGUCAAGAUUUCCCAUCUCUUCCCGACCUCAUUCCAUAACCUGGAUUCUCGAUCUGUUGUGGCUAUUGCUGGCCUUGCUGUUGCAGUAGUAUUUACCUGGAAGCUAUUGAGGUUACCUGGUGGACCUCAUCAAAGGCCAAAAAAACGGCAACCUCCUACAACUAGUAGUUCUCUUGUCAGUACUCAAUCAAAUUCAGCAUUGAUACCAUCUGGAGUUUGUUCAUCUUCAGAGGAUUUGAGGGCACAAAAUGUUGUUGAUGAAUUCUUUCAACCAGUAAAUCCAACUUUGGGGCAUAUAGUUAGGCAGAAACUAAGCGAAGGAAGAAAGGUCACUUGCCGUUUGCUUGGAGUAAUCCUCAAGGAAAGUACUCCAGAGGAGCUACAGAAACAAGCUACUGUGAGGUCCUCUGUGCUGGAAGUGCUGUUGGAGAUAACAAAAUUUUGUGAUCUUUAUCUCAUGGAAAGAGUUCUCGAUGAUGAGAGUGAACAAAAGGCUCUUGCAGCUUUGGAGAAUGCAGGGGUUUUCACAUCUGGUGGUUUAGUGAAAGACAAGGUUCUAUUUUGUAGUACCGAAAAUGGACGAUCAUCUUUUGUCCGGCAACUAGAGCCAGAUUGGCAUAUUGACACUAAUCCUGAAAUUGUUUCUCAGUUGGCUAGGUUUAUCAAAUAUCAACUUCGCAUUUCUCCCAUUAGACCCGAACGGACUGCGGCAAACGUUUUCAGCUCUCCAUCCUUGGAACAUUUCUUUGGACGUGAUUGAUGCUUCAACAGUAAAGCGUCUAAUUAUGAACCUAAAAAUAGAUUGUUCUUUUACAGCUCAAUGUUCUCUAGGAACUCUUCUACAGUUGUUGAUUUUCCAGACCACAAAUUCCUUUACUUUGUUUGAAAUUUGUGCAUCGGUUUUGGUCACAUCUGAACUUUUGGACUUGAAAUUUCACUAUAUGGAUUGAUUGAAUGUAAUUUGUAUCAGUUACAGGAAAUGUAAUCAUUGACAAUAAUUUUGGUGUUCCCAUUAGCAAGUAAAAAUAGUGUCGUCUCAUA